GUGUGGACAAAGCCUGGCCAGGCUUUUCUUCAGGUUCUUUCUCUGUGGACAUGCCCCCAGACUGAGCCCCCCUCCUCUGAAGAGCAGCCGGAAAGCCUUAAAACUGGCCAGAUGAUGGAUGAUUCAGACGAUGAUUUUAAGGAACUCUGCACCAGCUUUCUCCAAAGGGUGAAAAAAAAUGCAUCCAAGGAAGUGUCAAGAGAAAGAAAGACCCAAAAAGCCUCAGACAGCACUCAGAUAAGAAGCAAACUGAAAAGAACCAAACAAACUGCUCCCAAGAAGAAAACACUUCAGGGCACCACGGAGGAGGAACCUCCACCUGGCAGCCGGGUGCCUAGGACUAAAAGCCAAAGGGCAACCAAGUUGCAAGGGAGUGAACCAGCUCUCACUGUGAAUGGAAAGGGCGGUGUGCCUGCCUCUGCUGCAGAUCAGCCUGUGCCCUGGGAGGGAGCCCAGAACACCUGCACAGAGGGUGCUCCCAACAGCCACUCCAGGUCCUCUCCUCCUUCCUGUUUGACGACAGCAGCGGUGCCAAGUCCCUCCAAACCCCGCACGGCAGAGCUGGUCCUGCAGCGAAUGCAGCAGUUCAAAAGAGCCGACCCUGAGCGUCUGAAGCAUGCCACGGAGGAGUGCACCCUCGGGGCUGCGCUGGGUGACGGUGUCCCAGAGGGCCCUCUGGAAGAGAGGGUGGCAGGGACCGCUUGUGGGUCCGCGCACCCUGCCACAGAGAGCGAUGCCGCGGCCGCCCUGGCCCUGCAGCAGGAGUUUGCACGGGAAGGCGCAGCUGGUGAUGACAGCCUGGAGGAGAGGGGGCUGUUCUUCUGCCAGAUCUGUCAGAAGGACCUCUCGACCAUGAAUCUGGUGCGAAGGGAGCAGCACGUGAAUAGGUGCUUGGAUGAGGCUGAGAAACCCCUGAGACCUUCCGCGCCUCGGAUCCCUGAAUGCCCGAUUUGUGGCAAGCCGUUCCUCACCUUGAAGAGCAGAAUCGGCCACUUGAAGCAGUGCGCGGCGAGGAUGGAGGUCGGCCCCCAGCUGCUGCUGCAGGCCGUGCGGAUGCAGGCGGCCCAGCCCCAGGAGGGCGGUGGCCCACCCGGGCCCAGCCUCAGUGAUCACGUCGGAGGUUUGAAGCGCAAAGGAGCCACCAACAUGAAGGAGCCACAGAAGAGGCGGAAGGUUGGCCCUCCCGAGGCGCAGUCCGAGGACCUGCUGGUGGCCAUUGCCCUGUCGCGGUCUGAGAUGGAGCAGUGCCCAGCUGUGCCAGCGCUCAGGCUGGAAAGUGCGUUUUCUAAGAGGAUGCGACCCGGAGCAGAGAAGAAAGGCCACAGGAAGAAACUCCCGGUCUCUCCCCCGCAGCUGUUAGUCCAGGACCCCGAGACCACAGGGAGACAGAUAGAGGAUCGUGUGGCCCUGCUGCUUUCCGAGGGGGCCGAAAUGCCCCACACGCCCCCGCUCCCGGCCAGCGGGAUUGUCAAGGAAGAGGUGGGACAGGCAGGCUGGCGACUGCCACGGCCGGAAGGAAAGCAGAACCCGCUGUGGGAGGGCAGUGCCCUGACUGCAGCCUGGGCUCCAGAGUCCUUCUACUCGGCCAGCCUAGUGCCGCCCAUCAUGCCUUGGCGACCCGCUAAGGACAUCACGCAGGAGCCCACACUGUCCGUGGUGUGGCAGGAGCAGGUGGGUCCAGGUGUACAAAGGCCAGCUGUUCUCCAUAGCACCACCCCCACAGACCGCAGCCCUGGGGGUCCAUCGCCAUCUGCCAGCCAGAGGGAGCGGCAGGCCCUGCAGGACCUCGGUGACCUGGCACGGGAGGGCCUGAGCACCAGCCCAGGGCCGGGCAGUGGUGGCCUGGCUUGCUCGGGAGGGGCUGCAGGGUCGGACCUGGCACCCAGCGGCCUGCCACUGACCGGGUUUGUCCGCCGCCCUGCCACUGCCCGGAGCAGAGACCGCGGGGGUGCCACUCUUCUCUUGCCUUCUCAGCUCCACCUCAGGCUGCUGGCCACCGAGCUUGGUGCCAUGGUCAACAACCCACACCUGAGCGACGUCCAGUUCCAGAUGGACAGCGGGGAGGUGCUUUACGCCCAUAAGUUUGUGCUUUACGCCCGGUGCCCGCUCCUCAUGCGGUAUGUCAGCAGCGAGGGCUUCUCUGCUGAGGAAGACGGGGACCUGGCUCUGCGUGUCCUGCUGAGCGACGUGAGCGCCGAGGCCACCUGUGCCUUCCUGCGCUACCUCUACACUGCAGACCCCGGCCUCCCUCCCUGCCUGACGCCUGGUCUGAGCUCCCUGGCCCUCAGGUUCGGCGUGAGUGAGCUGGUCCACCUCUGUGAGCAGGCACCCGAGGGCAGAGGUCAAGAGGAGGAAGGUGAGGAUUGCACAAACAGAGCAGAGAGCUUCCAAGAACUCUUGAGGUCAGUGUGGGCAGACGAGGAGGAGGCAGAGACUCCACUGAAACCUGAGGACCAGGAAGAAGACAGAGAAAAGGUGAAUGAAGCAGAAAUGGAUGAAAUUUAUGAAUUCGCAGCUACUCAGCGAAAGCUGCUCCAGCAGGAAAGAGCAGACCUGGACGAGGACAUGGACCAGCCCGGGGAGGACAGUCCAGGUUCUGGGCACAGCCUAGCCAGAGUCCAGGCUAGUGAACAGUGGGAGAAGGCAGGGAGAACGGAGUCACCUGGCCUGGUGAGAGAUGAGGGGAAGGAGGGGCCGUGCGCCUUCCUGUCUCUCCGGAGCUGCUGUUCGGAUCGGGGUGGGGAAGCAGAGAGCCAUGUGCAGGGGACACCAGGGGAGGCUCUUGACCGUCCCAGCUCCCCUAGCCCACCUAGGGGCUGCCGGGCAGAGAGGAGGGCAGGCCCCUCUGUGCAUACAGUCCAUGUCCACGACCAUGGACGGCUCUUUUCAGCAACUCGAGAAUUCUCUGACUCGUCCCAAGUGACAAGUGACCCUGAGGAGCUAAGUGGUACUGCCAGGGAGAGGGGGCUACAGGCCCCCCGUCCACACCCAUGCUGCUUCCUGUCCCAGCCCCUCGGUGGCAGGAGCCCCGACCGGUCACAUCAUCCUUCUCACCAUGCCACUGAUUUGUCCCUGUGGGGGCCCCAGCUACCCGGUGGCGUUUCCAAGGUAGCUUCCCCAAAGCUGCCUUCUCCAGUCCGGCCAUCACAGCAGAGGGCCAGCAGCACACUCACGAGACUCACAGGGCCAGGCCAGCAGAAAGGCAAAGAAAGUGAGUCUUUUCUGAUUUCCCCAGAAAAGUCCCCACCCAUCGACCUAACGCAGUGCAAGCCUGGCCUUCCAAGUCCCGGGUCGCUGCGUGCUCCACUGCAAGUGGACCAGGAGGAAGUUAUCCUCUUACUGGAUUCCGAUGAAGAGCUGGAGCUGGAACAGACCAAACUGUGCUCCAAUUCUAAUGGUCCCCCAGAUGAAAGGAAGGUUGAGGAAGAGAGCCCCAGUUCGGCUGAGUUGUUUCCAGUCAUCGAUGUUGAUGCCGGCCACGAGCGCUCCCAGAGCCCUCCAGGAAAAGGAGGCGAGCUGCAGCCCGAGGGGGCAGGGCAGCCUGAGAUGCGGGGCUCUCUGGGUGGCAGAGGGGCCCCUUGGCUGUUCUGGGACCGUGAGAGCAGCCCUGACGAGGGCAGCACCACAGACAGCUCCUGGCUGGUGCCCGCCACGCCGCUGGCCGGCAGGAGCCGUGACUCUUCAUCCCAGACCCAGAUCACAAGCCUCAGGGCCAGGGCCUUCAGCAAGGAGGUGCCUGAUCUCCCAGCCAGGGCCUCCGUAGGAGACAGGGAAGUGGAGAAAGCUGCACACGUUUCAGCGGUCACACCCCAGACCUUGACAGCGGGCUGUGCUCCUGUGUCCCCAAGAACUUUUGGCUAUCGGAGUCCUUCCAGACCCCGCCCUGGACACCACACGCCCUCCUCCCCACUGGCUCCCAGGUCCAGGGUCUCAGGGGGCCGCUCAGAUCUCACCAGGGGGUUCCCGAAAUGCUCGCUGCCCUGGCCAAGCUCACAGAAUGUGGCCACAGUGAGUGACGUGGUGGAAGUCCAGGACAGUGACGAUGAGCAGGACGUGACUGCCCGCCAGGCAAGCAGCAGCCCCCUGCUGGACAGUGACCCCCCAGUUCCAGUUGAGGUCUGCUACUGGAACACCGAGCCCCUCUCGCCCAUUCCGAUUGACCACCUGAACCUGGCACGGACGGGCCCCCUGAGUGCCAGCAGUCCCAGCAGCGGGGCCAAGGAGGCGCUGGGCCACGGCGACUGCUGCUCCCCAGAGCUCCCCUGCACCUCCCCUGUUCGCAGAAGCAGAUCUCGAGAGAAGUCUCCCAGGGCCAGCUCCCCCGGGAGCCACGGGCCAAGCUUCCUGAACUCAGCUCUGUGGGACGACUGGGAUGGAGGAGAGCAGGAGCCGCCGGAGGCCGUUCCUCGGGCCCAGACGCUCAGCGCCCCAGGAGCUCAGGAGGCAGGAGGGCCUGAGACCCCGAAAGGUGCUGAUUGGAAGAAAAACUUGCCCCCCAAAGUGCCCAUAACUCCAAUGCCAAGGUAUUCUAUCAUGGAGACCCCAGUGCUGAAGAAGGAACUGGACAGGUUUGGCGUCCGCCCUCUGCCGAAGCGCCAGAUGGUUCUGAAGCUGAAAGAGAUCUUCCAGUAUACCCACCAGACCCUGGACUCAGGCUCCGACGAGGAGAUCCCACCCUCACAGACGCCCCUGGAGGCACCUGGCAGCCAGAGCCACACCGAGACCUGCAGGCCUCCCAGGGCUGGAGGCUGCACCCAGCUGGCAGCCACUGUGGGCCCCGGGUCCCAGAAGUCUCAGGAGCAUGCUGUGGCCAAGGACGGCCAUCGUCGAAGGCAGCAGCACCCUGGCGGAGGCCUCCCUCCCCGGAGCAGGUCCCCAGUGGAGGAGGCUCCUCUGGGCCCUGACGGUGACACUCAGCAUGCAGCUUCCCGAGAGCCUGCAGCCUGUCCAGAUGGCAGCGACAGCUCCUUCAGCUCCCAGAGUUCUUCCUCCUGCGAGUUUGGAGCAGCCUUCGAGUCUGCCAGCGAGGACGACGCAGGUGAGCAGGGUGUCAGCGCGUCGCAGGUGGCCACCGCAGCAGCCGACACGCAGGAGGCGGUGAGGCGCUACAUUCGCUCACAACCGGCGCUGUACCGCAAGGUGCUGCGGUACCAGCCCUUCGAGCUGGCGGAGCUGCAGGCCGAGCUGAGGCAGAAUGGCAUCCGUGUGGCCGCGGGUCCGCUGUUGGACUUCCUGGAUGCCCAGGGCAUCACCUUCACCACUGCCGCCGCCCGGAAGGAGAAGCUCAAGGGCAAGAAGAGGCGGCCCCCGGGCAAGAAGAAAGGGGAGCGCGACUGACAGGGCCCCACUCCCCAGCCGCAGCUGUGGGUCUUUGUCACACCCACUGCCCCCACUGACGGUCCACGGAGCACGGGGGCACUGGAACACUGGCUCAAGUCUGGCCUCCAGGCACUCAGGGCCUCGGGACCACGUCUAUGAAUAUGCGGCACCACUGACCAGCUGUCCUGGCAGUGCCGCUGCCCAGUGGUGCUUGGGGCACAUCGCCCCGGGUUUGAGCUCCAGCUCUCCCCCACCAGGGCCACCCAGUUAGGUCCCCUGUGUUCCAGAGGGUGGUGGCUGCUGCCAGGUGGCCAGAACAAAGCCCUGGGCUGCCUCUUCUGCUGCUCUGCCCACUAGUCCCAAGAAUGAUGCCUGAGUGCAUCCUGAGCUGCACUCCAGGUCCAGUCCACCCCAGCCGGCCUGGGCCUGUCCUCUUCAGCACUCAGACCAGUCAUGGCCACCACCAGCAGGCUCCCUGUGCCGCCACACCAGGGUUGCUGUCCUCUGAGACAUGCCACUGCCCCCCGCAGUCUGACCUGGCCCCAGCGCAGCUCUGAGUCCAGCGUGAGCUCGCUCAUUCUGACCGGUUCCAUUUGGGGUUGAACUGCCUCCCACCCUGAAAUGGCAUGGGGCACAGGCUCAGGCCAGAACAGGAAGACCCAGGGCUGCGGUCCGUGGGAACGUCCUUCUCCGUCGUGAACACAGUGCAGUCAGCAUUACGUGAUGUGCAAUAAACAGCUUUAUAGAAACCUGGAUGCUGCAUGCCUGCACCGUCCCUGCCUGGACCCAUGUCUGCAGCAGCCCUCCCAGUGCCUGCUAGCCUGGCCCACUGGCCUGUUGCCCUCGGUAAGCAGGUACACGUGUUCUUUGGCCCUGCAUCUGCCUGAAGCUCAAGCCCAUGCCAUACGGUGAACCUGGGUCCUCGCCUGGCCAGGUCAUCACAAAGGCAGGUUCCGCCUUCCCAGGCCAUGGAGCCAGUCUGCCUUUACGGGAAUGCACAGGGCGCCCCAGCCUGUGCGUGGGCGGGUGGUCAGUCAGGAACCAGCGGAGACAGAACUGGGCUCUCCGCCUAGCAGUGUGUAUCAGGGACGGCUCCCUGAGCUGGGGCUUAGGGGCGAGCCAUUCUUAGGGAGGUGAAGCGGGUUUCUUGAGCACGUAUCACAGGCCCGGACCCACGCUCCAGCCCACGCUGCCCACCUAGGACAGAUAGAGGGAAGCUGUGAUCCUGGCCAUAGGGGGAUUGCUUUAGAAGGUGCCACAUGUUCUGUGCAGGCUCGAUCUCUCUAAAGGAGGGAGACAUUUAUGAAGGCAGAGACUCAAGCUCUUUGGUCCCAGGGUCCUGUGUGAGCUGGUAGCCUGUGUGUCUUUCUCUGGGAGCACUGUCCUCCAGAGGGGUCUACCCUGCAGAUGCUCAGGCCGCCAGGCUGGCCACACACUGGGGCGGGGAAGAUCCCUUAGAGGCCACUGAAGUGCCUCAGAGUACAGGCGGGGUCAGGCCUGGACUGUGGGCAGGGAACGUGGCGGCACAGCCGUCUGCUCAGUGACCACAGUGGGUCAGAGGAGCUGCCGCGAGGGACCCCUCAGGACAAGGUGGGAGGUUAGUACUAGAAGGCCUUGGUCCGGCUGGCGGUGCUGUCCGGAGCCCAGAGCAUGCUGGACUGCAGUGCUGGAAGCCACGUGGCUGACGAGUUCGGAUCCCAACUGGGGAAACCAGGUUCUUACACUUGGCCAAGGUCCUGCAGGAGGGUGGGAGGAGGGGUCGAGCCUUGAGCAGGCCCUGUGGAGAGUACUUCUCCCCCUCUCUCCAUCUCUGCUUUCAUGAACUCACACAAGGCACGGGCCAGCAGAUAGCCUGGAGGUUCAGGCAGCUAGAUCCCAUAUAGUCCCUGAGUGGUUCAAGUCCCAGAUCCAGCCACUAGAAAAACACUGG